UUUUAUCGAUUUAUCUUGUUCUUCUACCCAACUAAAUGAUGGACAUCAAUUCACUCCUUUCGCCGCAGGAUUCUAGUUCACAGUCCGGGCGCCCUGCGUCGGCUCCAGCUCCCUCGCCUACUCCGAACACUUCCGCCCCGGCCACGGGUCCAGCUCCCAAACCGUUACGCAAGAACCGCGCCGGUGCCACGAGACAGGGCAUGACCUCCUCCCCCCUGGCGCAGCACAUGUACGCCCCUCAGAAUCUGCCCGAGCCGUCUCCGCCGGCCAUGAGUCCCAUGGGCCCCAGCAGCGGAACGCCCCCUCCUCCACCCCGGCAGCCGUCGACCCCGGGCAUGGAUACCCUCGCCGAUCUGGCUUCCAUGCAGCAUCACCAGCCCCAGCGCUCCAACACCCAGAUCCUACGCAGCACGGAAUCCUACGAGAGUCAGCUGUCCCCGUCCACCAUGUUCCCCCACGUCACGUCCAUCGCCCACAAUACCCCGAUCCCGCGGUCCUCCUUCGACAUCGCCAUGUCCGACGGCCCGCGCGAGAGCGCCCGCCGGAACUACACCGCCACGUCCUUGGUCCCCAACGCGCAGCGGAUGGCGACGGAGCUGUUCGGUCAGAUCCAGGAGAAUCCGCAGUCCUACGAUGCGCACGUGAACUUCGUGCGCCUGCUGCAUGCCGGCUUCAUCAACCACGUCUACCCGCCCAACAAUCCCGACGUCCACGGCGAUCCGCGCCAGUACGACCUGCUCAAGGACAUGCGCACGGCGCGCGAGGAGAUGCGCAAGCUCUUCGCCAUGGGCGAGGAUCUGUGGGCCGAGUGGAUCCAGGACGAGAGCAUGUUGGCCCGGUCGGUCGAUGAGCGCAUCGCCGUCAUGGAGCUCUGCGUGAAGUCCGUUGAGGAGGAGUACGGGAGCACCAAACUGUGGAGCAUCUACGGGGAGUGGGUGCUGUACCUCUACAAUGCCGCCCACGGCGAGGCCGGCCAGGGCCAGUGGUCCGAGGAGGACCGCCUCGUGGGCCGGGAAGUUUUCACGUGGCAGUCGGUGCUGGACGUGUGGCGCCAGGGCGCCGAAGCCACCCGCUUCCGGCUGGCCGACAGCCAUCUGAUCUGGGAUCCGUUGCUGGAGCUGCAGAUGCGGGACGUCUCCCAGAAUCCCACCCAGGAGAGGGUCACCCAUCUCCGGGCCCUGUUCGACUCGCGGCUGCAAACGCCCCACGCCACCUGGGACCAGACCUUCCAGCUGUUCUCCGGGUUUGUCUCCCAGUACUACAACGCCAACUACGAGAACAUCAUGGCCGAGACCGCGGCGCGGUACGCCACCCCCGUCAAAGAGACCUACGCCGUCCGGGAAGAGUUCGAGAUUCGACUGCGCCAGGCGGCCGAGACCGGCGACGCGACCGCUGAGUGGGCCGUCUACGCGGAAUACAUCGAAUGGGAGCUCAAUCGCAACCGUCGGAAACGACAGUCGACUUUCGACCUCAUCAAUGCCCUGUAUCAGCGCGCGGUGCUGCGCUUCCCCACCGACGCCCACAUCUGGGAGGAUUUCGUCAUGUUUCUCAUCAACGAGUCGCUCCACGGCAACACCCACACCACGACCAUCUCGACCCUGAUCCGCGCCACCCGGCACUGCCCGUGCGCCGGCACCCUGUGGUCGCAGUACCUGCUGAGCUCCGAGCGCGAAGGCGCGACCUUCGCGACGAUCGCGGACAUCAAGCACAAGGCCACGAGCACCGGUCUGCUGGACGCGGGCGGCAUGGAGGAGGUCCUCAAGGUGCACACCGCCUGGUGCAGCUACCUGCGUCGGCGCGCCUUCCUGUCGGACUCGACGGACGAGGACCUCGACGUGGCCGAGGUCGGCAUCCGCUCCGCCAUCGAGAGUGUGCAGGAGCUCGGCGAGAAGAAAUACGGCCGGUCGUACCAGGGGGAUCCGCUGUUCCGCCUCGAGCGCAUCUACAUCCGGUACCUCAGCGAGAGCGGCAGCUGGGACAGUGCCCGGGAGACGUUCAAGGGGCUGGUGAGCCGUCGCGGCAACAGCUACGAGUUCUGGCUGACCUACUACGAGUGGGAGCUCAUCUCGUGGAGCAAGUUCGUGCAGGGCGAGGCGACCGCCGAUGCGGCGCGCCGGACCCCCAACCCCAGCUACGCCACGGCCGUGUUGCAGGAGGCCGUCAAGCGAACCGACCUGGACUGGCCCGAGAAGAUCAUGCAGACCUACGUCUCCCACUGCGAGGAUUACGAGGAUUCGGAAGAACUCCAGCUGGCCCUCCUGGAGACCCGCAAGGCCACGCGGGCGGUGACGGCGCGGCGGGAACGGGAGGCCCGUGAAGCGGCCGCGCUGCAGGAGCAGCACGCCGCCGCGACGGCGGAACUGGCCACGCACACGGAGAAGCGGAAACGGGAGGACGAAGUCAGCGUCAACGGCCUGCCCACGAAACGCGUGCGGGCCGAGCCCGCUCCGGCGGCGGAGGCGGAGGCGGGAGGCCCCCCACGCGAUCGGGAACAUGCCACGGUGAUGGUGAAGAACCUGCCACCCGGGAUCACGGAACACAAAGUACGGCAGUUCUUCCGUCAUUGCGGUACAAUCAACGGCGUCAGGAUGCUGCCCGGUGAAGGCGGAGGCUCGGAGGUCGCCAUCAUCGAAUUCAAUUCGCGCGACGAAGCCCUCGUGGCGCAGACGCGCGAUCAGAAGCUGAUGGAUGAGCAUGCGAUCGAAGUGCAGUUCACGACGGAGGCGACGUUAUUUGUGACGAAUUUCCCCGCGACCGCAGAUGAGGCGUAUAUCCGCCAAUUGUUUCAAACAUACGGUGACAUUCUCGACGUGCGGUUUCCCUCGCUCAAGUUCAACACGCAUCGCCGAUUUUGCUACGUGCAGUUCCAGGAUUCCGGCGCAGCCUACCGGGCCCUGGAAAUAAACGGAACCAAGGUCGACGGAUCCGAAUUGAGUCUAGUAGUAAAGAUUUCCGACCCCGCGCGCAAACAAGAGCGCCACGGCCCUAUGUAUGAGGGGCGCGAGAUUCACGUGUCGAAUAUUGACUGGAAGGCCAGUGAGAACGAUAUCCGGGAGUUGUUUGCGCGGUUUGGGGGGGUCGAGACGGUGCGUCUGCCUCGCAAGGUUGAUGGAGGGAGCAAGGGGUUUGGCUAUGUGAUUUUUUCCACUAAGGAAGAAGCACAAGCGGCGUUGGCCAUGCACGAGCAAGAAUUCCGGGGCCGACCUCUCCACGUGAAGAUAUCCAUUCCCCAAGGCCCCAAGCGGAGCGCCACGACGAUAGUCUCGCAGGUUGGUAAGUCUCAGUCGCCCGAAGUGAACGGCUCGCAAGAGACCGGAGCCGAGCGAGAGCGAACGGCGCGGACACUGGGGCUCAUGAAUGUGCCGGACACGGUCAACGACGCGCGCAUCCGCGCACUGGUGGAGCCGUAUGGCCGACUGAUCAAGAUCAUACUGCGACCUGAUCACCAGGGGGCGAUUGUCGAGUUUGCGGACACACAGCACGCAGGCAAAGCAUCGCUCGAGCUGGAGGGACGGGAGAUUGCGCCGGGGCGACGGCUGCACGUGGGGACGGUGCCGGAGAUGCUGAAGCAGUCGGCGGAGAGGAAGGGACCGGGGGUGUCGAAGCCGACGGAGAAAUUCCUCCCCAGCAGUGGACCUAUUAAGCGGCCGCCGCAGCCGGGGGCCCGCAGCGGGAAGCGGGGAGGGCUGGGGGUGAAGCGGAACCCAACAGCGACAGCGACAGCCUCAGCGACGACGGCGACAACCGCGACGCCUGGUGAUGGCGAGACGAGCAAGAAGAGCAACGACGAUUUCCGAGCGAUGAUCCAGGGGAAUCGGACGGGGUGAGGGCAGAGGGCCGGCGCAAAGGAUCGCAGGGCAGUUUUGGCGUUUGCAGGGGCUUCAUUCCCCCUUAUUGGUGUUACCCAAAUGAUGUGUGUGUAUGAUCACGUUCUGCUUUGAGCGGCUGGAAGUCUGGCUGCCGUGUAGAUUACUGCAUUAUUUAAUUUUUC